AGCAUGCUAGCAACUCUGUUCUAACAAAAAACACUGCUGCUCUGGAUUUUUUUUUUCAUAAUGGCAACCGGUAAUCGAAUAGUGUUAAAACACAUGGUUGUUCUCUCAUUCCAAUUUGAGAAUAUUUAAAAUAUCUUUUGGGUAAAGUAUAACUUAUUCCACGGUGUAUCUCGUUAUUCAAAUAUCAGAUGAAAUAACGAAGUAGAGGGUUGUGUUAAAGUAAACUGACAAUUAACUGAUGAUGUGCGGGAAUCCACGUUUUUCAUUUUCAUGGGAUAACUUCAUAGAUUUUGGAGUUUAUAGGAUUUGCAUACGAUCACGAAAGUUGCAGAAGUAUAAUUUAUAUUAAACAAUGGAGAAUAAUCGGGAACCGCGUUGGAUUAUGAAAGAAUAUGAAAAUUUUGAGGAAUAUAUGUGUAAUACGACAGACAGAUCAACGCUGCUGGAGAAAUUUAUAAAGAACCUGAAAAUAAAUAUAGUUCAAGAACAAGAUCAAGAAAUGGAAUUUGAUAUAAGUGGCUGUCAUACUUCGCUAGUUAAUGCAUUCCGCAGGACAUUACUGAGUGAAGUACCAAGUAUGGCUAUUGAGAAGGUUUAUAUUAUAAAUAAUACUAGCUUGAUUCAAGACGAAGUACUUGCACAUAGAUUGGGACUUAUACCUCUUCGUGCAGAUCCUAGAUUAUUCGAAUAUUCUCCGAAUGACAAAAAAACAGAUGAUACAGUCAGUGAUAAUGAUACUCUAAGAUAUGAGUUGAAAGUUACGUGCAAUAUAAAUCCACAAGCACCUAAGAAUUCUCGUCUUCCAGAGGAUAUGUACAAAAAUAGCAAAGUUUACAGUAAGGACAUUAAAUGGGUACCAAUAGGCCGGCAAGCAGAGAAGUUUAAAGCAGAACAAAUUGGUAUUUUAGAAAACGACAUAUUAAUAUGUAAAAUGCGUCCUGGUCAUGAGAUUCAUUUGUUUAUGCAUGCAGUUAAAGGCAUCGGCAAAGAUCAUGCCAAAUUUUCUCCCGUAGCUACUGCAUCAUAUCGUCUCUUACCGGCCAUUCAGCUAAUCAAACCCGUGAGAGAUGAAGACGCGGAUCUUUUGAAGAGUUGUUUCAGCCCCGGCGUGAUAGAAGUAGUAGAACAAGAGACAAACUCAGGUCAGAAGUACCGGGAAGCGCGUGUUAAAAAUGUUCGUUACGAUAGUUGUUCCAGAAACGUUUAUCGUUACGAUCAGCUAAAGAAUUGUGUGGAAAUGAGUCGGGUAAAGGAUCAUUUUAUCUUCACCAUAGAAUCUGUGGGAACAUUACCACCAGCCGUGCUAUUCACAGAAGCCGUUAAAGUACUCCAGAAUAAGUGUAAAUCAUUUCUCGCAGAAUUAGCAGACAUAGGAAAAUAAAUUCAAGCAAAAUAAUUUCUUGAUGAGACAAAGAUUAUGAAAAGUGACAUCUAAAAUUUAUCGCCUUGUGAACGCGAUUUUAAAAUUCACAUAGAAUUAGUUCUUAUUCUUUCGUGAAUUAUUUAUUUGAACUUUAAAUAAACUCUUAACAUUUAAUUAUAAUCAGUACAAAUCCUUUGCUCGCAUGAGUGAAUUUAUAAU